UGGUUUGUAUCGCGUGUGUUUAGUUAAUGUUGUGCUUUCGUGAGUGGAAGUUGUGUUGGUUUUUAUCGUACGUGAGGUUAAGUAGUUUAUUAGUACGUCAAUAAAACUUUUAACAAUAUCUGCGACACUUUUUAAUUCAUUAUGAACUUAAAAAACAUACAUUUUAUUAGUAAAGGCUAGUGAUUAGUGUUCCGACUUUUAUGUGCAUUCGAUAAAUAAAUAAUUGCUUAGUUCGCAUUCAGAAGAGAUUGAUAAGCGAAUUGUGGAAAGUACCAGAUGUUUAAGAAUGUCCAAUACGUUAAGCGGAGGCGAAAAUGUCAGGGCUGCGGAGACAACAACAGAUUUGCUCUCUGUACGUGGUGCUCAAUGUGCCACGUACACCUUUCCAGAGACAAAAUCUCCAGAAGUGCGAGGACACGGGAGAAGCGCCAGUCACGGCGGAAGUACAACCCUCGGAGGUAACGUAACCGCAGGUGCUGCGGGUCGACCUUCGGCUCUUAAAAUGGCACGAGGACAUCAAAGAGCGUUUUCGCAAGGUCAAAUAACAGAUUCCUCCGCAGGGUUACGACCUGGACAUAGUAGAGUAGGAUCGAAAACUGAUUUCAUACUGCCUCCGGGACACAAAGAGGGCGAAAACUUGGCGAGCAGCGGUGUGAAGUCGUCUUCAAAAGGGCAUUCUAGACAGGCAUCUCGUUCGGAUUCGAUUUACACCUUAAGACGUUCGCUUCCUCCACCUUUGUGGCAGAGGCUCGUGUGUACUUUAUUGAGACGAUCUCCGCGUAGUGAACAAGAAGAACGUUAUCGUAUAGUAGUGCCUAACCAUACGGUUCCUCCUAAGACGCCUAGAAAGGAACAUCCAAAUGGCAAUAGACCCAAUAACAAAGUUCGGACUACUAAAUAUACGUUACUAUCCUUUUUACCUAGGAAUUUACUAGAACAAUUUCAUAGGGUCGCUAAUUUGUAUUUUAUAUUUAUCGUAUUGCUCAAUUGGUUUCCCGCGAUUAACGCUUUUGGCAAAGAAAUUGCCAUGAUUCCAGUACUGUUCGUACUCGGCGUGACCGCCGUUAAGGACCUUUUCGAAGAUCGCAGACGACACGCCAGCGAUAAGCGAGUGAACAAUUCCACAUGCCGAAUAUAUCAAAGGUAAG